UCUCAAUCUAAAUUCUGAACCCCAUCCCUUUCAGUGUUUUGCAGUUAGUGAAUCCAUCUCGUCAAUCCUUCAUCGACACCAUGCCUGACACCAAGAGAAAUGCUAGGAAGGAAGCCACCAAAUUGAGCAAAUUGUUGAAGGCGCCCAUGAGGAUUCUUGUCAAGGCCCGCGACUUCUACGUGCGGAGCCUGACCGAUUGCUCGGGCCACAUCGCGUACGGCGGCUUCAUGGGCUGCCCGACCAGCCAGAUCAACACCCUGCCCCGGAGCUUCAGCGUCAGCUCGGCCAAGCCGGACGAGGACUUCCGUGAGCUUGUGAGGGUCGCCUCCCUCAGGAGCCUGAGCAACAGAGUCGGGUCGGACCUCACGGAGACGCAGCAUGUUGCCGGGCAGUCGCCGAUGGCGGCAACGAAGAAUAAAGCGAGGAUGGCGAUGCCGAGGAGUUUCAGCACUGGAAUAGGGAGGAUCGACGAAGACAAGCCGUGUGAAUUCGGGGAGGACGUGGUGGUGAAGGCCGACGUGUACAAGAGAAGCCGAAGCUACGCGCCCGCGAAGAGAACUUCUGGGUUGGUUUGAGAACCGGGAGACACUGAAGAAGGCGAAAGUGGGGCGGCUUCAUUUUCUCUAUAUUUCAUAUCAAAGUUUGGAGGAGGUUUUUCCACUUUUCUUUUAAUUUUCUAUUUUGUUUGGCGCAUGAUGAUCUUGUCCAUAUUGCAAGGCCAAUGUUCUGUCGAUGAUUUGAGAAAGUCUAGAGUGACAUGGUUAUAUUCCAGUUCAAAUCCAUGAUGCUAAUGAAUUUCUCUUUCUUCCCU